UAAUUGGGAGACAGAAGAGACUUUAGAGAAGCGUGUUCUGGGGCAGUGAGGGAACAAGCAUACAUCUGGAGGGAGGAAACCGAAGAUGGAAGAAGAAGAAGAGCAGACCCUGUUGGAUAACGAGUCCUCUCAAAAGAUGGAAAUCUUACGUUUGGAGCAGUCUAAGAAGACCCUUAACAGCUUAAACAUGGACCUUGAAAAGGAUCUGCAGAGAAUAGAUGAGGCAAACCAGUCUCUUCUAUUAAAAAUUCAAAAGGAAGAAGAUGAGAACAACAGGUUGGAAAAUGAGCUUGCCCGGUUAGCGCACUUAGCAGAAGAACAAGAGAGGAAAGAGUUAGAAUGUACCUUAACUGACAAGGAGCAGGAUUUGAAAGAACUAGAACAGGAGACAUCAAAACUAGAAAAGAUCAAUGAAGCUUUGACCCAGGGAAUUGCAGCACUUCAGAAUCAGCUUUCAGGGAAAACGCAUGCGCCCAAAGUACUUGUGCCUGAGGAAGAAAACUUAUCGGAAUCCCCAGAAGUGGCAAAGAUGAAAAUUCAACAAGCUGAAGUCUCUUUGGCAGAGCAAGAGAAAGAACUGGCCAAGGUACUGGAUGAAUACGAAUCUGUACAACGGCUCUGUGAAGCCCAGGCCUAUUGCAUAAAGAAAUACCAAGAAGCCCUGAGGAAGAUGGAAGAAGAAGUAGAAAAUAGGUUCCUUGAAAGAGAAGUAUCAAAAGUCCUAAGUAUAUCCUCUCAAACAGCAAGACGAGGUUUAAUGCUGGUAGAUGACAUCCAAAAUGAUGCGGAGAAGAUCACUGUUGGAAGAAAGAGAAACCUCUUCUGGUACAAGACCCUUGGAUAUCUCUUCUUUACAAUCCUAUUGUUCACCAGGCUACAAGGCUACCUGCUUUUUCAUAUUAAUCAUGUAAAUCCAGAUCUAAUCUUGGACACCCUGCCUAAGAUGCUGGGCCGAAGCACCUUGUAUAAAUUGAGGUGCUUCCUACUGCCCUUUUUUACACUGGAGGCAGAAGAUGUAUUGCCUCACUAAUCCCUUUGUGUGGUGGACUUGAGUGACUGGAGACAAAGCAUGAUUGAAGCUAUGAAUGAGGAGUGGCCAAGUGGAGGAAAGAGACUUUGGACAGAGUUGCUUUCCCAAGGUCUGCUGUCCUGGUGACCUUCCCAUCUAAAGUUUUCCUUCCAUGAGUUAGUUCUCUCCCCCAAUAAAAAAUUUUGUC